AUGGCGGUCCGAAACACCUUCCUUGAGCUGGAGGAGGAGGCUUUCUGCGGAAGGCCGCGGGCCGCCUCCGCCCCUCCCGCUGUGCGAGCUGCGCAUGGCAAGGACCACGAAAACGCCAGCGCCAGCGCCAGCACAGCGGACGAGGUGUGCUCUGUGUGCACCACCUCCUCGGAGGAGCUUUUACCCGACUCCGCCGAGGCUCCCUCUGCCUCUGCGCACGCCGCAGCGCACGCCGCAGCGCCGAUGCCCUUGAUUCAGCCUCGAUUCAAUGUAUACGAAGGGUUCCGCCUCGUGGCACUGGCCGCCUGCAGCGCGCUUUCUGGGUACGGCAUGGCUGAGCUGCACCAGUCACGGUUCGGCUUCCAGGUGGUCCUGAAGCUUCCGUGCCACCUCAAGCACCUGAAAGAUGUAGCGCUGGGCAUGGCGAAGCAGUCUGUACUCAAGGCUGCGCAACGAUCGUCUGGGACCUACGUGGUUGGAUAUUGCCAUGAGCCCUUCAUGAAGAUGCCUCUGGGUUUCUCAGCGCUUCUCUGCCUGGCGGAGCCGAACGGCGCCUGCUGGGACUUGCUGCGCUGGGGCAGCUGCGACUUCGGGGACAGCUGCCGCUGGGCUCAUCCCACGCUGCGGGCCACGCUGAAUGUGAUGACGGUGGAGGACUCCCCGAAGUGA